AACCACAACCCUAAAGUUCUUUCACUCCUGUUCCUGUCUCCUGACCUCAGGAGUGGGGCAUCUGCACAUUCUUGUUUUUAUGAGAUUUAAGUGUGUCUAGAUUGUUAAAGGAAGGAGAAACGUACUUAAUUUAAGAAAGCGAUGUCUCUUGACAGUCUCUGUGAUACUAAGGAAAAGCGAAAGGACUAUUUAGGGUAAGACAUGACGCUGUCACUACAGAAGUCAUUGUCCUGUCACCCUUUGCCUUGACAGAAGUGGCAACGUGAUAUUUAUUAAUAGUUCACAGUAAUGAAGGAUAACACUUUUAAUACUAGCAUAGAGAAGCUAAGAGAUGAAGAUCUCCCGAGCACUAGUAACUCGGAGCAGAGUUUGUCGACUAUAUCGCAAGACGGGAUGUUUAAAACGCAGCACCAUGCUGAUAGUAAAUUCUUCAAAAUGUAUAACUACUUCUUACAACAAAAGCUCAUCGAUGUCACUCUCAUCGCUGGAGAUACAAAGAUCGGAGCGCACAGGAUUGUACUAAGUUCGGCUUCAGAUUAUUUCAGUGCUAUGUUCACUUCUGACUUGAUCGAGUCGAGGAGUACAGAAGUCGAGCUGCACUCUGUCUGCGGGUCAGCGCUCAACGAACUCGUCCGCUACUGCUACACUGGAAAAGUGGAAUUGAGAGAAGAUUCUGUGGAGACCAUUUUAUCGACUGCUUCAUUACUGGGCUUGGGACAGGUCGUCGAAGCUUGUUCGAAUUUUUUAAAAAAGCAGCUUGACCCGAGUAACUGCAUAGGAAUCGCUCUUUUUGCAGAUUCGCGAAGCUGCACCAAGCUGAGGGACGCAGCCGUCGCUUAUAUCGCUGAACAUUUUGUUGACGUUUUGAAAAGUCAAGAGUUUCUCAUGCUUCCGUUUAACGAGAUUUGCAAAAUUUUAUCAUCAGAUGAUCUGAACAUCCCUUCAGAAGAGACAAUUUUUUAUGGUCUUAUGUCCUGGGUCCAACAUGAUCAGGAAAACAGAAAAAGUGAUUUAGUCAAACUACUCGAAUAUGUAAAACUGCCACUCCUCCCUCCAGCGUUUUUAGUAGAUGUGGUUGAACCGAGCAUAGGGCCAGAAGGGCAUUCUCUAGUCAUUGAGGCAUUAAAAUAUCAUGUCCUCCCAGAACGCCGAGCAUGUCUUCGUUCAUUUCGAACAUCGCCAAGAAAGUCGACUUUAGGAAGUUUGUUUGUUGUUGGAGGAAUGGAUGCUAAUAAAGGAGGUGCAACAAGUAUUGAAGUAUACAAUGCUCGUACUAACCAGUGGUCCCAGGUUGGUAGCAUGGCCGGGCGCAGGCUUCAGUUCGGAGUAGCCACACUCUGGCGCAAGUUGGUAGUUGUGGGAGGCAGAGAUGGCCUGAAAACACUGAAUUCGAUGGAGAGCUUCGACUUGGAUACUCAGAUGUGGGAGACCCUUCAACCCAUGGCUACCCACCGGCAUGGACUUGGUUUAGCCAUGUUAGGUGAUUCCGGUAUUCUUUACGCUGUAGGUGGCCAUGAUGGAUGGUCGUACUUAAACACUGUCGAGAGAUGGGAUCCAGACACAGGCCAAUGGAAUUUUGUUGCUUCCAUGGCUACUCCGAGAUCCUCCGUAGGGCUAGCAACACUUAAUAACAAACUUUAUGCUGUCGGAGGAAGGGAUGGCGUUACAUGUCUCAGGACUGUCGAAGUGUAUGAUCCGCAUAAGAACAAGUGGUCAAUGUGCGCUUCGAUGUCAAAGAGAAGGGGGGGAGUGGCUGUUGCCGUUUUUGGCGGUUAUCUAUACGCCUUUGGGGGGCACGGCAUGCCGACUACAAACCCUUCGGCGACUAGAUACGAUUGCGUCGAAAGGUACGACCCCAAGACGGAUUCUUGGACUACCGUAGCACCGAUGUCAGUUGGGAGGGAUGCGAUCGGAGUCGGAAUAUUGGGUGAUAAGAUAUUCGCCGUCGGAGGGUACGAUGGUCAGUCAUAUCACAAACUUGUUGAAGUUUAUGAUCCUCAUCUCAACACCUGGGACCAGGUUGCACCAUUGGACACAGGACGUUGUGGAUCAUGUGUUGUUUCUAUACCACCUUGAGUAUUAAAUAAGAAUGAAUAAUUUUUUUUAUACAAAGUUGUUUAAAUUU